AUGGCAGAAGGAUAUCUUUGUCCAUUUCAAGAUGCCGUUCUAAUGGAAGAUGUUGGGAAUAAGUUUUUUCAACUUUUGUUGCAAUAUUCCUUGCUGCAAGAUGUGAAGCUAGAUGAGCACAGUAAUAUAACACACUGUAAGAUGCAUGAUCUUGUGCAUGAUUUGGCUGGAGAUAUUUUAAAAUCUAAAUUAUUUGAUCAAAAGGGCGUCAAAGGAGAAAAUCUUUCUCAAGUGCGAUACUUUGGAUGGGACUCACCAAGGGAUCAAAUAGAUAAGAUAAAUGAGCCAGGACGUUUGUACACAUUGUUCUGGAGAUGCAAUUCUGUACCUGAAGAUGUGUUAUUAAGUUUUAAGUUCUUGAGAGUUUUAAAUUUGUCCAAGUCAGGGAUGUGGGAGUUGACAGCUUCAGUUGGCAAGCUAAUACAUUUGAGAUAUCUUGAUCUCUCUGACACUAAUAUCAAAGCUUUGCCUGACUCCAUAUGCAAGCUCUACAAUUUGCAAACGUUACGAGUCAAUAACUGUUAUUAUCUUGAGGAACUUCCGGAUGAGAUGGGAAAUAUGAUAAGUUUGAGACACAUAUAUUGCACACCUCUUCAUAAUAAGCAUUUUCGGAUGCCAUUUAACAUGGGGAAAUUGACUUGUCUUCAGACCCUACAGUAUUUCGAGGUGGGUAUAGAGCAAGGUCGUCAAUUAGUAGAAUUAGGUCAUUUGGAAAACCUUAGAGGUGAAUUGACAAUCAGAGGUCUCCAAUUAGUUGUUAAUAAGGAAGAAGCUCAAACAACAUAUCUACAGGAGAAACCAAACAUCUACAAGCUGGCAUAUUUAUGGUCCCAUGAUGAACCAGAAGGAUGUGAAACUAAUGAUGAGCAUGUGUUGGAUGGCCUUCAACCGCAUCCGAACUUGAAAACCUUAGAAGUGGAGGAGUAUUUAGGGACUAGAUUUCCUUCAUGGUUCAGUGAAAAAUUUCUACCAAAUUUAGUCAAGUUAAAGUUAAUUGAUUGCAAAAGGUGCACAAAAAUUCCAUUGCUUGGCCAACUGAAAUUCCUUCGGCAUCUUGAGCUGGUAGGGUUCCAUAAGGUGGAGUGUAUUGGAACUACAUUUUAUGCGAUUGAUGGUAACAAUAAUGGAAAUAUCCAAGUGUUCCCGUCAUUGAAAGAACUAGUAUUGGAGGAUAUGCCUAGCCUUAUUGAGUGGAAGGGAGUGGAAUUGAUACCAACAACAAAUGGUGGUAGAGAUGAAGUAAUUGGAGUAAGAAUGUUCCCUGGGCUUGAGAAGCUGAGGAUUACAAAGUGUCCAUUGCUAAAAAGUACUCCAAAUCAAUUUGAAAUCCUACGUGAAUUAAUAAUUGAAGGAGUUGACAGUGGAAUGCCAUUGUUGAACUUGUGCAGCAACUUGACAUCUCUAGUAAAACUUGAUCUCAGUGAUGUGAAAGAGCUCACUUGUCUUCCAGAUGAAAUUCUACGCAACAAUGUUUCUCUUCAAUUCCUGUCAGUCUCAGACUGUGGAGAGUUUCGUGAAUUUCCACAAAGCUUGUACAAUCUCCAUUCUCUUAAGAGCUUAGAAAUAUCCUUCUGCACCAAUUUCAGUUCCUUUCCUGUUCCAAGUGGAGAGAAUUAUUUGACUUCCCUUCAAAGUCUUCAGUUAUUUUGUUGUGAUGAACUGACCAUUUUACCAAGUGGAAUGGUAGAGCAUUGUCGGUCUCUGGAGACCUUGUUGGUCAGCUACUGUAACAACUUAGUUUCCUUUCCUUUACAUGUGUGGGAAAUGCCUUCACUUUCAGAUUUGGAUAUAUCAGAAUGUCCAAAAUUGAUUAGUGUACCCGCAGGGGGACUUCACCGUCUCACCGGGUUAAGGGCAUUGUGUAUUGGUCCUUUCUCAGAGAUGGUGGAUUUUGAGGCAUUCCAAUUGAUAUUUAAUGGCAUUCAGCAGUUGUUGUCCUUUCGUAGAUUGUAUGUGUACGGACGUUUGCACUGGGAUUCUCUGCCCUAUCAGCUUAUGCAACUCUCUUUCCUAACUCAUAUCCGAAUAUAUGACUUUGGAAUCAAGGCUAUUCCUCAUACACUUGGAAAUCUUACUUCUCUUGAAACAUUAGAGCUAAGGAGCUGCAAACGGCUACAACAUGUGGACUUGUUACAUGUCAUGCCCAAAUUGCGGUAUUUGUGGAUAGAUGAUUGUCCAUUGUUAGAAGCUCUGAUGGAUGGAAUCGUCAACCUUAUUUCUUUGGAAGUGUUAACUUUAUCAAAGUGCGAAAAACUAAAGCAUCUGCCAUCCAGAGAUGUCAUGCAACGCCUCACCAAAUUAUGGAGCCUGCAAAUUGAAGGCUGCCCACAGUUAAAAGAAAGUUGCACCAAACUGUCAGUGGUUCAAGAUUUCUCAUCUUCGAGUAAUUAA